UCUUUUUGCCCCAUUAUAGCCGCUGUAGGCCUGCAGUCGUCACAAGGAUGAGGGUGAGGAGGGGUGUGUCGAUAGUCGAGAAUCAGUUUGGAUUCAUGCUGGGGCGCUCGACUACAGAAGCUAUACACCUUCUCAGGAGAUUGGAGGAGCAAUAUAGGGACAGAAAGAGAGACUUACACCUGGUGUUCAUUGACUUGGAAAGAAGUAUGAUAGAGUACCUCGGGAGGUCCUUUGGAGGUGCCUGGAGUCUAGAGGUGUGCUUGUGGCCUACAUCAGGACUAUUAAGGACAUGUACGAGGGUGCUAAGACUCGGGUUUGGACAGUGGGUGGUGAUUUGGAACACUUUCCGGUCGUGAUGGGGUUGCACCAAGGAUCAGCCCUUAGCCCGUUUUUAUUUGCUUUAGUGAUGGACGAAUUGACGAAACAUCUCCCGGAGGAGGUGUCGUGGUGUAUGCUCUUUGCGGAUGAUAUUGUGUUGGUUGACGAGACGCGUAGUGGAGUUAAUGAUAAGCUGGAAGUGUGGAGAACGACUCUUGAGUCGAAAGGCUUUAGGAUAAACAGGACUAAGACGAAGUACAUGGAGUGCAAGUUUAGUGGCAUAACGCAAAAGAUAGAUGAGGAAGUCAAAAUCGAGUCACAAGCUAUACCUAAACGAGAAAGUUUCAAGUAUCUUGGUUCCAUAGUACAAGGGGACGAGGAGAUUGACGAUGAUGUCGCACAUCGUAUUGGAAAGAUGAAAGUAGCAGAGAUGCGAAUGCUCAGAUGGAUGUGUGGGUAUACUAGGAGGGAUAUGAUUAGGAAAGAAGUUAUACGGGAUAAGGUUGGGGUGGCAUCCGUCGCGGAUAAGAUGAGGGAAGCGAGACUGAGAUGGUUCGGACAUGUGAAGAGGAGGUGUGAGGAUGCACCAGUUAGGAGGUGUGAGAGAUUGGCGGUCGCAGGAGUUAGGAGAAGUAGGGGUAGGCCGAAGAAGAACUGGGGAGAGGCGAUUAGACAGGACAUCACACAACUUCAAUUGAAAGAGGACAUGACCAUAGAUAUGAAGGUUUGGAGGUCUAGGAUUAGGAUAGAAGCUAUUUCUACCAUCCAAGCUCCAAGUUGCAGCAACCCAAAAAUGGAUGUCGGAAAGGAUGAAAUCACGUCAGAGCAGAGAAGACGCGCCGAAGCAAACCGGCUAGCGGCCCUAGCGAAGCGCAAAACCAAUCAAGAAUCUUGGAAGCUUCUGAAAUGUCAAAAACCCUCGUCCGAAUCCACUCCAUCUAAUGCCGUUUUUCACAAACCUGAUCCAGUUUCUGCGCCCAACCCGCUUCACAAGCCCGAGUCGUCGUCUCCUCCCCUCGAGAGAUUCCGGGCCAGGCUCGAAAUUUGCUCUGCGGACUCGUUCUCUGUCACUCCCGUACCUGUACAGGGUCAUCCUUACCCUGGUCAAGAAGCCUGCUUCGAAAAGCUUAGAGAUAUACUCUCAUAUGUUGUGCCGUCACACUACACUCAAAAUACUGGAGGCGGAAGGGGUUGUGUGUAUAAGCUUACAGAUUAUGAAGCAGUUCUAAGGUCCAUUAAGGGGUGUAAAGAUGUUGAGUGUGAAGAAAUACCUUGGGGAACACUUAAUGUAGUUGAAAAGCUUUCACAUUCCAUCAUUCCUGGGAGAUGGAUACCUUGCAGGCCAGAGCAUCUUCCAGAUGAGAAGGUCAAUGAGUUGAUUAACAGACUUCCUAAAACAUUGCUAGACACCCUUCUACCUUUUCAGCUAGAGGGAAUAAGGUUUGGGCUAAGGAGGGGCGGAAGAUGUCUCAUUGCUGAUGAGAUGGGGCUUGGAAAAACCCUCCAGGCUAUUGCCAUUGCUAGUUGUUUUAUGAAUGAGGGUCCUACACUCAUUGUUUGUCCAGCUAUUUUGAGAUAUUCAUGGGCAGAAGAAUUGGAGCAUUGGAUUUCAUGUUUGCCUUCUGAUAUCCAUCUUGUUUUUGGUCAUCAAGACAACCCUUCUCAUUUAAGCAGAAUCCCAAGAUUUGUAGUCAUCUCAUACACAAUGCUAAAGCGCUUGAAAAGGAGCAUUCUAGAUCAUGAAUGGGCUAUCAUAAUCAUUGAUGAAUCACAUCAUCUUCGUUGUUCAAAGAAAAAAUCUGAACCAGAAGAGAUAAAAGCAGUUCUUGAUGUUGCAGUGAAUAUCAAGCGUUUAAUUCUAUUGUCAGGGACUCCCUCUUUAUCAAGGCCAUAUGACAUAUUUCAUCAGAUAAAUAUGCUAUGGCCAGGUUUACUUGGAAAGACUAAAUAUGACUUUGCAAAGACUUACUGUUCUAUCAGACUUGUGCAAGGAUGCCGAGGGAAAGCUUUCUAUGAUUUCUCAAAGGGGACCCGUUUGGAAGAAUUACAUAUGCUACUUAAGCAGACUGUUAUGAUACGACGCUUGAAGGAACAUGUACUCGUUCAGCUGCCUCCCAAGCGUCGCCAAAUCAUAAGACUGGUUUUAAAGAAAUCAGAUAUUGCUUAUGCAGUUGCUUUAACUGAAGCGUCAGGAGGCAAUGCUCCAACACUUGAUGGCAAUAGGACAGAUGCUGAAAAUACUGUCGUGAACGCUCUUGAAGAAGAUGAAGACAAUAGUGGCAAUCAAGAUUGUUCCGUAAAGCUCUCUGAUCAAGCACUUGGCAUUGCAAAAUUGUCGGGAUUCUGUGAAUGGCUCUCCAUACAUCCAGUCAUCACAGAAAUAGAUGGAGAUGAAACAGUCAGUGCAAGUUGCAGUUCUCACAAAAUGAUAAUAUUUGCUCAUCAUCAUAAGGUUCUUGAUGGAGUCCAGGAGUUUGUUUCUGAGAAAGGUAUAAGCUAUGUUCGUAUUGAUGGGCAUACACCUGCUUAUGAUAGGCAGUCUGCUAUUCAAUCCUUCCAGAGCUCAAAAGAGCUUAAGAUUGCAAUAAUUGGAAUACUUGCCGGUGGCUCGGGACUAAACCUGUCGGCUGCUCAAAAUGUUGUCUUUCUGGAACUGCCAAAGGAACCUGCACACAUGCAACAGGCUGAAGAUAGAGCUCAUAGGCGCGGGCAAAAGAAUGCAGUCAACAUAUACAUCUUUUGUGCGAAGGAUACUUCAGAUGAAGUUCGUUGGCAGAACUUGAAUAAAAGUUUGCAUCGAGUUUCAUCUACAAUGAAUGGAAAGUAUGAUGCAAUACAGGAGAUAGAGGUUGAUGUUGUUUCUGAUGUCGGAAGAACUGAUAAAAUUGAAGAAAGGCUAUCUGGUGGAAAAAAUGGUCAACAACUUCUUUUACAGUCAAUAGAAAAUCAGAACGCAUCCUAUAAUGAAUCAGAGAAGAUGAUGAGUAAUGGCAACCAAGAACAUAAUGAAAAUUGUACGCAUCCAUCAUUGUCUUGUUCAAAAAACCUUGAGCAAGCUACAACCAUUGCCAAAAUUGAUACAUCUUGUAGUUCUGAUAGUUCAGAUUCAAGUGAAUGCAAUCGAGAAGAGGAGAUCGGUGAUUGUGGAUCUGUCAAGCAAAUUGAAUCGAACAAUAGUAGCUCAAGUAAUCUAAAGUCUCUGCGAUUUGAGGUUAGCUCUUACACGGGAAGAAUCCAUUUAUAUGCUUGCAUUCCAGGGAUAGAUACAAGACCAAGGCCACUUUUUGAGAAUUUCCGGCAAGAGGAGCUAAAUUUCCCGUCUUUUCCUGUGGACAAUGAGGAAAAAAACUACAAAUGUAUAAAGGAUGACCCAGCAUAUAACCAUGUUCUCAAGUCAUUCAUUGAUGAGUGGAACAGCUUGAGGCCAAUAAAACAAAGGAAAUUAAUGGGAAAGCCAUUACAAUUACCAUUAUCUACUGAGUUGUGCUGCUUGAAUGAGAACAUUGACUAUGACGAUGAGGGACUGUUGAAAGCUCGGAGCAAGAAAAGGACUACACCACUAAAUGAGAUAAGCCAUCCCUUGCCCUCAAAUGCCACAUGGAAGAGUGUCAGACUUGGUAGCAGCAAUAAAAAGGAGAGAAUAUUUACACAGGGGUGGUCAAACAAGGAUGAACCACUUUGUAAACUUUGUCAAUCUGUUUGCAAGAAAAGCUGUGCUAAGGCACCUGAAUACUUUGAGGAUCUCUUCUGCUCUUUGGACUGUCACGAAGAAUACAGAUUAAGAACAAGCCGUAGAUACAUGCGUGAGAGGCUUUUUGAAAUCGAGCAUGGUAUUUGCACGAAUUGUCAAUUAAACUGCCAUAAACUUGUGAAGCACAUAAGGCUUUUAUCACAUGAUAAGCGAGAAGAUCAUAUUAACAAAGUAGCUCCACAUAUCGCAAAGCGCAAAAAAUUACUUGAGAAACUUGUUCAUGAUCCAAAUGAAGGCAAUGCUUGGCAUGCUGAUCAUAUCACACCUGUAUAUAAAGGGGGAGGUGAAUGUUUUUUGGAGAACAUGAGGACACUUUGUGUUGCUUGCCAUGCAGAUGUGACUGCUGCACAACGUAAAGAAAGACAACUAGUGAGGCUGAAUGCAAAGAAGCAUCUUCAAGUUAUCAUGAGAAACUUUAAAACAGCUGUUGAUCCUAACACGGCUAACAAUAAAACAGAGGACACUAGACAAUGCCAAGAUAGGGAGAGAAUGGAGGAGGAUAAUCUUCUCAUUCACAUCCCAGGAAGUUCAUACUCAGUGCUUAAAAGCUCCAAUACAGCUGGGAGUGGAGAGGAAGCCUCUCCUUCAUAGCUUUUAUUUCCCUAUGUUUUAUUCUUUUGGGCGUUCUGGUUCAUAUGUCCUCCCCCCAUUCCCCACCCCACCCACCCCCACUGCUCUCGUUCACCGUGCCUAUAAUGUUCUCGUUGUGUGCAGGUUUCAGGGAUUUUAAACAAAUCAGCCCAAAAAUUUUGAGUUUAUUACUGUAUAGACAAUUAGUAGUAGUUGUUUGUUGAUAGAUAGAAUUACAUAUCCGGACUGACCAGUCAGAGUCAAUAUGUCAUACAUUUGCCCAACACCUCUGCAUAAUGCAAUGGACAUUGAACAAUUUCAGCUUUAUAUUAAUGUAAUAGCCAGUUGUUUAAUAAUUUGUACAUAAUGAU